UCUGGGCGGGCUCAGUCCGCAGCUGGUAGCUAGGAAUCGAAACUCAGCUGUUAAAACUGCUGCCCCUUCCCCCCUGGGAACUGCACUUCUAGACUCUGAGCUUGCCAGCCCUCACCUUGCCUUUGGAUGUGCGUCUCUGAACCAUGUCCACCCGCAGUAAGGUGGUGGGCUCGGGGCCCGGCUCCUCCUUCUUGGCCCAGAAACCCUCUAUGCAGCCCCGGGACCCAGCUCAGCUGCAGGGUCCCAAGCAAGCUUUGGAGGACGUCCCGCAGGGUACUUCCCGGGGAAGCCAGGAGCAGAGGCUCACAGGGGCAUACACCUUGAUAACACCAAAUGAGAAUCGAAGAAGUCGGAUACAAAGGAUUGCAGAGCAAGAGCUGGAGAGCCUGGAAAAAUGGAAGGAGCAACACAGAGCGAAGCCAGUCAGCCUGGUGCCGAGGCGGCUAGGUGGAAGCCAAUCAGAGGCUGAAGUCAGGCAGAAACAACAACUACAACUGAUACAAUCUAAAUAUCAGCAAAAGCUAAAAAGAGAGCAAUCUAUGAGAAUCAAGAAAGAAGCUGAAGAAGCUGCAAUCCAAAAAAUGAAGGCAAUUCAGAGAGAGAAGAGCAACAAAAUGGAGGAGAAACAAAGACUUCAAGAACAACUCAGAAGAGAAGCCUUUUGUGAACACCGGCAAUACAAAACUGCUGAGUUCUUGAGCAGACUGGAUGCAGAACUGCCAAACAAAAAUACCUGUCAAAAUAAACUGCAGAAUCAACAGUCUUCAACUUGGAAACUUCCUGCCUUGUCUGGUGAUCAGAGCUGUUCCAGGAGUCAGGCAUACAAAGAUUCUGUAAAGGAAGAAGAAAACCGAAAAUUGCAGAAGAUGAAAGAGGAGCAACAGCAGAAGGGUGAAUUACUGGAAUUUAAGCGACAGCAACAGGAAGAAGAAAGAAUUAGAUUCCACCAGUCUGAACAAAGGAGGGUCUGUGAGAAAACAUUUACUUGCAUUCGGCCUUCGUUAACUGACCAUGAAAACCUUAAUGUGAUUUUGUUCAGCCUCCCUGUGUUUACCUUGCCUUUUACUGCCCACCUACUCAGCAAAGCAGUCAGGGACAACUGAUUUCUCCCUGUCACUGCUUCUGCAUGUUUGCAGGAGCUGAUUACUGAGCUUAUAUUGAAUCUCUACUGCCAGCAAAGUCUUGCAUUGUUUUUCUAAUUGACUUUGCUUCUUACUAUGAGUGUAAUUACAGCGACAUUAGUAACAUAGACAAGGGGGGGUGUCAUUUGAUGCUUUCAGGUUAGUGAGAGUUGUGGGCACUGCAUGUUUCUCUGAGCCACUAACUCUUAUCUCAUUCUCAUAUUAAUUUUUGGAAAGCUUUGGCAUCUUUUAAAAUUGUGAUUCCUGUCUUCUUAACCUAGUAUAUAAAUGUGAUUCUCCUCCCCCAGUUUUAAUGCUCUUGUGACACAGUUGUAAAUAAAUUUUGAGCUACCUGCA